AUGAAUGGUGCCGAAGUGGGAAGAUGCAGUCUGUCAAGAACUGUUUUGGACAUCAGGACUGAUAAUCGUAAACUUGUCGUACGAUCCACACAAGAGUUGGGCGCGAACAAUCCAAGUGCAGAUGCGAUUGUUCGCAGGAUAAAAACUGUUCUGAAUCUUGGCUAUUACAAGAUGCUCUGGAAGAUGUACAAGAGUGUUCUUAUUGAUGCUUGA